AUGUGGGAUGAGGAUCUGGGGCAGAGCUCCUGUUAUUUCCACCAGUGCAGUGUUCUGCCAAACGUUUCCGAGCUCUAUUUAAAUGAUGUCCCUCCGGUGCCCACUUUGGCAGACAUUGUGUGGAUAGCAGCAGAUGACGAGGAAACCUACGCCAGAGUCAGGAGCGACACUCGCCCGCUGAAGCACAAGUGGAAGCCCAGUCCCUUCACGGUCAUACAGCGAAAUGCUUCGGUCCCCAACCUGAGGAAGCAGGAGGAGAAACUGCUCGCCCUGAAGAAACCUGGUUUACCAGCACUGAGCCGAACGACUGAGCUCCAGGAUGAGCUGAGUCACCUUCGGAGUCAGAUAGCUAAAAUAGUGGCCGCAGAGUCAGCUUCUGCUUCGUUAACACCAGAUUUAUUAUCUCCAGGAAGUUCAAAUGCAUCUUCUCCCAUACCUUGUUUUGGACCCUCUUUCCACUCUACAACUUCCUUUGUCAUUAGCGAUAUCACAGAGGAGGAGGCGGAAUUGGAAAGCCCGGAUCUCCCAUCAGUUUCCAUGCUUUGUUCUGCAACCUCUGAAUGUUGUAAACCAGAGCCAAAGGAUCCUGACGAGGAAGACUCCGUGUCCCUUUCGAAGGCCAGCAGUUUUGCGGACAUGAUGGGCAUUCUUAAAGACAUUCAUAGGAUGAAGCAGAACAAAGACUUAACCCGAACUUCAAUGAAGGAGGAAGACCCUGCUAUUCUCAUAGCAGAAGUUUUGAGAAGAAAAUUUGCCCUGAAAGAUGAGGAUCUAACUAUGAAAGAGAAGUGAUGUUACUGUCGUUAAACUCUGUAAGCCAGUGUUACGCUCCCAAAAUUUUCUCCACAGUAGCUGCCUUCCUAAGGAGUGAACUUUUUUGCCUCUUUUAUUAAUUAGAAAUUGUUUAUGCACUGGACACUUAUUUAGGAAAGACCCUAUGGAUUUGAAGUGUUUUCAAUGUAUUGUAAUAUUUAAGAAACUUUUUAAGAAGAUGGAAAUUCUUUUCCACUUGUAUUUAGGUCUUGAUUUUUGGUAAGGAUCUUCUAGAGAAUGCAAUGAGUGCUGCUGGAUGAAGUUCUUUCUACCUACAGGUUUCUUAGGUUCACAUUAAGCAUUCAAGUUAACUUAUAACUGUCUUGUUGCAAUAUAACUUAUUACUCGUUACAGUAAAAACGGAUGUCAGACAUCCGGUUCUCCUCUAGUGUGAGUCUGGUACGAAGCUACUGAGAAUAAAGUGUUUCAUGCUUCCAGGUCUGUGGUGUUGAGGAAGUUGUUGAAUCAAGGAGGCAAAGGGUUUCUUCCCAACAACCUCAUUUGAGCUGAUGAUGAGAUGAAAUUGAAGUAAAUGAUCAAAUGCAGCCGUGCCUAGCAGGUACUGGCUGGUCUUCAAUAUGCCCUUGCUCUUUCUUAAUUCACAAACCAUCCCUCUAGUUGCAUGACAGAACGGCCUUAUUUUACUGCCUGUAAUUUCAUGUCUCAUUAGUAGUCCCUGUAUUCAGAUGAAAUGUAUUUUCUUUAGUGUUCUGAAAGGUCAUGUUUGAGCCACCUAUACUAUAUUGAACUAUAUCGAACCACCAGUGCUGAGAGCUGAGCACCAUGAGACCCAUCGGAGCGGGGGGAAACGACGCUGUUUAUGGCUGCCAUUCUCGCUGGCUGAAGACGUUCCUUUCAGCUGUGCUCCCUCUCUGCCUUGUUCCUCACGGCUGUAUUAAUGUAUGAUUUUUUU